GCGGCGAGGAAGAGCUCCGAGGGGCUCUUCGCCUGCCUGGUGCCCAGGGCCGGCAGCGCCUGCGGCGCCUGCGGCGCCAGGCAGCCGGCGGGCGCUGCGGUCGCGAGGCACUUGCGGUGCGGCGCUCGCUGCGGCUACGUGCUGUGUUCCGCCUGCGCUGGGGCCGCCCUCCGUGGCGGUGCCUCCAGCAGCAGCAGCAGCAGCAAGGGCGCCUCCGCGGGCGACCUGGGGCGAUUGUCGUCCUCGACGCUGGCCGCUGCCGACGCCCACGGCGCCGCCGCGGAGGGCCCGAGGAUGGCGUGCAGGUACGGGGCCACCUGCUGGGACAACGGCGCCCAGCACCUGACCACGUUCGCACACCCCGGCGACCGCGACUACAGGUAUGGGCUGGUGCGGCUCCCCGAGGAUCGGGGGCCAGAGCUGGAGACGUUGUGGCAGGUGUUCACGUUCUUCGACCCGGAGGAGACGGGGCAUCUGAGCUGCAGCCACUUCCAGCUGGCCGCCCAGCAAUUACUCGAAGACGGCGGCAGCGUGGAGGAGGCUUGGGAUGCAGCUGGCGGCAAGAGGCUCGGACACGUGACCUUCGUGCGGUUCGCAUCCUGGGCCAGCCGUCUCAAAGCGACGAUGCCGGCGGCGGCUGGCGGGGCCGCCCGGCGUCGCUGCCAGUGCGGGCACAGCGCCUGGUCUCACAGGUCCGACGCCGCGAGCAUGAGCGCGAGGAGGCAGCUGCUGUCGAGCCGGCCACCGUGGUGGCAGGCCGAGCCAGGCCCGCGCGCGGCCGCCGUGGCUUCGGGCUCGCCGGCUCAAGGCUCCCUCACCCGCGUGGCCGACGAGGGCCUGCUCAAGGCGUUGCAGUCCCUGCUCGACGCCACCCACAAGCAGUCGGAUAACUGGACGCGGGACCGCGGCUGCGUGGCCCAUGGCGUCAACAGAUGCAGUCCCGAGUGCAUGCACCAAAACCGGGCGCCGGUGCCCAUAGGGUACACGCUGAAGCAGGCGUUCCGGAACCAGAGCUCCGCCCUGUGGUUCCGGUACAGCCUGAUGAGGUGCACGGUGCAGCAGGAGUGUUCGAACAGCGGCUGCGAGCGCGUCGAGGUCGAGAGCAGCCUGCCCGCCCGCGCGGCCCGCGGGACGCUGGGCGGCCCGCCCCUGGCGGAGGAGGUGAACGAGUGGCUCCUCCUCCACGGCUCCGACUACGAGGCGUGCACAGGUGAACUUCAGCUUGGAUCAUGCCGGAGCUGGCGCCACCUGGAAGGACACUGCUCCGCUGUACGGCCACGGCCUUUACUUCGCCGAGCGAAUCACGAAGGCCGACGAGUACGCCAAGCUGGUGCCCCCCGCGGUAGCCGGCGAGGCCUCCCUGCACUGCGUGCUGCUGUGCCGUGUUGUGGGCGGGCGCGUGUGCGAGUGCACCACGGACAGAAUCGAUGCCGAAGCACUGCGGACGCAGGUCCUGCACGGCCGCCACCACUCCGUGCUCGGGGACCGCGUCCGGCACCUGGGGAAGCCCUUUCGGGAGGUCGUCAUCCACGACAGCGACCAGGUGUACCCCGAGUACCUCCUGAUGUACUCGCGCGACUUCGUGAGGCGGCCCGCGACGGCCUCGCGGACAGCCUCGGGUUCUGGCCCGUGAGCCGCGGCCACGCCCGAGCCUGA